AAGUUAAAGCAAACACAGCUGUCAGUUCUCUUAUAUACAAAAGUUCGUGUAACCUAAAAUAAAAGGCUUGAUUCAGAAAAAUACUCGGACCUAACGCCAAUAAGGUUAGACGUGUAUGAGUACGUUUUUCUCCGCUUACUGAAGUUACAUAUAAAGCCUCGGAAGGACAGGGGCAACACCGUCCUGCAAUGUUCACAGAGAUGGACUAUGAAUUGGAAGAAGACAAACUGGGAAUCCCAACAGUACCUGGCACUGUCACUUUGAAGAAAGAUGCUAAUAACCUUAUUGGCAUCAGUAUUGGUGGCGGGGCACAGUACUGUCCAUGUCUCUAUAUCGUCCAGGUCUUUGAUAACACCCCGGCAGCUCUGGAUGGGACUCUGGCAGCAGGCGAUGAAAUCACAGGUGUGAACGGGAAACCAGUGAAGGGAAAAACAAAAGUGGAGGUGGCCAAGAUGAUUCAAGCUGUCCAGGGAGAAUCAGUAAUCCAUUACAACAAACUGCAGGCCGACCCAAAACAGGGGAAGUCCCUGGAUAUCGUCCUGAAAAAAGUCAAACAUCGCCUCGUGGAGAACAUGAGCUCAGGCACAGCGGACGCUCUCGGACUCAGUAGAGCCAUUCUGUGCAACGAUGGGCUCGUCAAAAGACUGGAGGAGUUGGAGAAAACAGCAGAGCUUUACAAAGGACUGAUGGAGCACACUAAGAGGUUGCUCAGAGCUUUCUUUGAGCUUUCUCAAACUCACAGAGCAUUUGGGGAUGUUUUUUCUGUCAUUGGGGUACGGGAGCCCCAGGCUGCAGCCAGUGAGGCGUUUGUAAAGUUUGCUGAUGCUCACCGCAACAUUGAGAAGUACGGGAUUCAGCUCCUAAAGACCAUCAAGCCUAUGCUCCAUGACCUGAACACGUACCUUCACAAGGCCAUACCUGACACCAAGCUCACCAUCCGCAAGUACCUGGAUGUAAAAUUUGAAUAUCUGUCGUACUGCCUGAAGGUGAAGGAAAUGGACGAUGAAGAAUACAGCAGUAUUGCGAUGGGAGAACCUCUGUACCGCGUCAGCACCGGUAACUACGAGUACCGCUUGGUGCUGCGGUGUCGGCAGGAGGCUCGUUCCCGCUUUGCUAAAAUGAGGAAGGACGUUCUGGAGAAGAUCGAGCUGCUGGAUCAGAAACACGUUCAGGACAUCGUGUUCCAGCUCCAGCGCUUCGUCUCUGGCAUGUCUCAUUACUACGACGAGUGCUACUCCGUUCUGAAGGAGGCGGACGUCUUCCCCAUCGAGGUGGACCUCUCCCACACCAUGAUCAACUACAGCAGUCAGUCGGUCGCCUACACCGAAGACGAGGACGAAGAGGAUGGAGGAGGCGGGGAGGACGGAGGAAACACACAAGCAGAGAACGGCGCAGAGAAGCUGAUAGAUGAUGAAUGAGAGUUUGUUUGAGUGUGUUUGUCCAACCCGCACACACACACACACACACACACCAAAGCAAUGGUUUUUGUAAUGGAGUUUAGCUGCUGAAACGGUUAAAGUUGUUGUCACAAGCUGAAUAUUACUUUUAGUUGCUGCUAUGAUGAUGUAAGUUGUUUUUUGUGGUGUUUUUCUUUUCUUGAAUGUUGUUAAACAUGCAGCUUUUACUGUGUCACUUCAUCCAAUCUGCAUCUCCUCACAAAUGUCUGUCAUUGUCCUGCAGACGGGACUUUGUUUUAGUGAGAGCUGUGGAUGGGUUUUCAUGCUUUAGGGGAAGGAUCUUUAAGCAUCUAAAGCAUUUCUCUGUUCUGUCUACAAGAAACACUAAAAUGUUAAGUCUUGAAUGUUGAAUCAUUUAUAUAUUUUCUUUAAAUUAUUGUAUUGUCUUUUCUGCUUGCAUUGCUCAUAGCUACCUAAAAUGUUUCACUCACAUAUCAGGUGUCACUAUAGAGAAAAUGUAUCAAUGCAGUAAAGGACAAAAAAAAAGAUCUAUAAUUACUGAAAAGGUCAAAGUCUUGAUGAAAACUGUAACGGAAGAAAUUCCUCUCAUAUAUUAAGUGUUUGUUACAUGUAAGAGUUACCAAUGGCUUUUUUUUUUGUUUUAUCUCUUUUCAACUUGGUGGAUUUGAAGUUCUAUUUCAGAGAGGCCAAACUUUUAGCAAAGGCUAUUUUUUUUUUUUCCUUUUUUUGUUUUCUGUUAUUAACUCUGUUUUGGGGAAAGUUGUGCUGUGGUGGCAUCACUGUCAAAAAGGUUUCUUAUCUGGGAUGUUUCUGUGUGGAUUUUGCAUAUUAAUUCUGUACCUGUGUGGGUUUCUUCGGGUCACCUGAUUUCCUCAGAGUCCAAAAACAUCCAUGUGUCCACUCUGAGUUGACCUGGUGGAAGCUGAGAAAGGCUCGGCUUCUAGACCUGAACAUGAUAAAAAGUUGGAAGGAAAUGAAUGGAGUAAGUCAGGUUUACCUACUCAUACUACAUAGUUUAUUGCCACUUAAUGUAUGAAUACUACAUUCCACAUGUGCCCUAAAGAUGAAGGGUUUGUAAAACCUACUAUGGUAGACGCUGAAUGGGAAAAAUAUUGUGUGCAAUGUGUGGUAAGAUAAGUAAUAUUCUUUGCCAUUGUCAAUUUAUUUAUUCUGUAAUUUCUAUUCUAUUUAAACUUUAUAAAGAGUAAAAAUUCUUCUUAAAAAUAAUUAUUUAAUCAAUCUUAUAUGCUGUAUUCUCAAGUGACCACUGGGGGGCAAUGUUGCCUCAAACUUUACUGUAUUUCAGAGGCAUCUAAGUAAAUGAAGGGUUAUUUUUGUCUUUUUUUCGAAAUGUAAUAAAAAGUAAACGUUU